CGUGUGUCUGUGAUUGGACCCCUGGUUUUAAUGUCAAUGGAUUGGACUCAUCCGCAAUUUCUCACACUCUGGGUGCAGGUGGACGAACGGUGACCGGAGUAGCGAGCGAGCAUGGGGAGAGAACCCAACCGUUACAGGACAGGAAGAGCCGCUCAAAUAGAAAUAGAGGGCAUUUUCAAGCUGUGUUAACCCGCAAGAACCAUUUCUUUUUUAUUGUAUUUACUAUAUAAUUAGCCUAGUCUAAUUUCAAUGUCUGUGUAUAGCGUUACAUGUAUUGAUGAACGCUCUAGACUUUAUAUGUUAAGCUACUGUUUGUAGCCUGUAUCUUUUUAUAUCUGGCAAAAGUUUGACUAUUUCGAAGGAUAUUUUUUUUAUUUUCCAUUUUUUUCAAACCAUGCUUUAGAAUCUUGCGUCUACCGUAACCGGGGGGAAUCACCGCAGAACAGCAGACGUGGUUUUUAAUAUCUUCCUCCGGUGACAAUUUCAACAUCGAGAAGGCAUUCAUCUCAUCGUACAUCACACUACACUCAGGAUUCCGACAGUUAAAAUUUAGUGUCGCCUUCCAGAAUGGACUUCGUAUGCCUUUACUUUCUCCAGGUGGCCCUUAUUGGGCUCCCCCUCUUUGUGUCUGCGGGGAGGGACAGAGACUGUCUACAGGCUGGGGACACCUGCUCCAGUGAUGAGGCGUGCAGCCCUCGCCUGCGGACGCUGAGACAGUGUGUGGCGGGGGACGGCAGUGUGAAGCUGGGCCCCGGGGCCAGGAACCAGUGUGAGAACGCAGUCACGGCCCUGCUGUCCUCCCCACUCCACGGCUGCCAGUGUAAACGAGGCAUGAAGAGAGAGAAGAACUGCCUCAGUAUCUAUUGGAGCCUGCACCAGUCUGUCGCGCAUGGACUGAGUCUGGUGGAGAGUUACCCGUAUGAACCAGACGAGAGGGGCUUCGACUACGUACGCCUGGCCUACAUGGCUGCAGUAGAUGAGGUGGGCAUAACGACGUUGAACCGUUGUCUGGAUGCAGUGAAGGCGUGUAACGUUGACGAGACGUGUCAGAAGCUCCGUACGGAGUACGUCUCGGCCUGCAUCCAGCCGUCGGCCCGCUCGGGCCCCUGUAACAGAGCCAGGUGUAACAAAGCUCUCAGGAAGUUCUUCGACCGGGUCCCUCCUGACUACACCCACGAGCUGCUGUUCUGCCCCUGCACAGACAUGGCGUGCGCUGAGAGACGGCGACAGACCAUCAUACCAGUCUGCUCCUACGAGGACCAACACAAACCCAGCUGUCUGGCUGCACUGCGCAUCUGUAGGAACGACUACGUAUGCAGGUCCCGCUGGGCCCAGUUCCAGUAUGACUGCCAGCCCUCAGAGCACGUUGCUAGCGGUUGCAAGCAGGACAACCACGCACUCUGUCUCCUUGCCUACACCGGCCUCAUAGGCAGUACGAUAACGCCUAACUACCUGGAUAACUCGACGUCUAAUGUGGGUCCGUGGUGUUCGUGUUCUGCCUCCGGGAACCACAGGGACCAGUGCGAUGACUUCCUGGAAUAUUUCCAUGACAACAUCUGCCUAAAGAGAGCCAUGCUAGCGUUUGGGAAUGGGACAGAGACGCAGUUCUCCGCUGGAGCAGCUAGCCAACCAGACAUGCCCGGCCCGGCUCUCACUACCCUCAACAACCACAUCCGGCGCCUGGCAACCACCGUCUCUGGCAUCACCAUGGACACUGAACUUAACAACCUGGGAGCACAGAUGCCCACUCAGGUGAAUGAGAAGGAUCGACUGUGGGGCGAUGACGGUGAAGACUCGACCCUGCCGGAGCUAUUCGACCAUGGAGCCCCUUCCCUCCACCUGUCUGCCCUGGGCUGGCCCCUUCCCCUGGGACUCUCCCUGCUGCUGCGCUACCAGUAGUCUGGCCUGGCCCUGGGGCUCCAUAGACUACACUACACACUGAUCA